AUGGCACUAGUUCCAAGUCAUUGCCCAUCGUGCGGAAAGCAAUUCAAGGACCAUACCUCCGUCGCUCGUCAUAUGAGCCAACCUCGUUCUGGGUGUAAUAGCUGGCUAGACGACUUAAUCCAACUCAACUCCAUCUUGCCACCUAGUACAGAACAUGAUCCCAUGGUGGUGGACGACAUCAAUGACCCUCAAGUAGAUGCGAGUUCCUAUGAUUUUUGGAGUCAAGGAGAGGAUUUGGACUCUGAAGGUGGAACUCGGGACGAGGACAGUGAAAUCAAAGCAACUGACUACUUUCCGGAGCCCCCACUGGCUUUCGAAGAGGGUUACACAUUUUUAAGCUUAUUCGAUGCUGAUGAAAACAGUAUAUAUCGCAAAACAAAUCUCUACUAUCCAUUCAGUGGUAGGAGGGAAUGGCGACUUGCCGCGUGGCUUCUGCGUUCAGGCUUAAGCAUGGAGAAAAUAAAUUCCUUUCUAGCGCUAGAGAUGAUCGAUGACCUACCUUUAUCCUUUCAUUCAGCAAAAGAGCUACGUGGUCGAGCUGAAUCGCUGCCUAGCGGUCCGCGUUGGAAGUCCCAGGUUAUUCAAACAUUGCAUCCCACAAAGUCUCCGGCUGUUCUUUACUGGCGGGAUCCUCUUGAAUGUAUCGCUACGAUAUUCAACCAUCCUUUAUUUCGCAAUUGUCUCGACUACACGUCUCGCAAGGAGUAUAGCACAACGCAGAGGCACUCUCGGAUAUAUACCGAAUGGAUGACGGGUGAUCAUGCCUGGGAGAUGCAGGUAUUGCUUCCCCGUGGUGCAACUCUCCUCGGAACUAUUCUAUCGUCGGACAAGACAUGCAUUACUGCAUUGUCAGGCGAUCGUGUCGCGCACCCUCUCCUCAUCAGCCUCGCCAACAUCUACAUGACCACGCGGGUCAAAUCAUCCUCCAACGCUUUCCUUCUCACUGCCCUACUACCGGUCACAAAAUUUGUUCACAAAAACAAACGAAUGAGAGGCGUGUUGCAGGAUCGGCUCGUUCACAAUUGCUUGAACAUUGUACUCGAACCGUUGAAGCUCGCUGCUCGAAAUGGCGUGAUGAUGUCAGAUCCUAUGGGUCGCACAAAAACUCUUGAGCAAUUGAACAUCGUGCGCUCGCGUGCUUGUCCAGAUGAUCUCGAAGCAUUUUUCCGUGAGGCGCAGAAGUUUCGCCUAAAUGGCGUGGAUGAACCAUUUUGGUGGGACUGGUUACUAGCAGAACCGUCCCGGUUUUUUACACCCGAAUCGCUUCACCACAUUCACAAGGAGUUUUGGGACCAUGAUGCGCAAUGGAUUAUCCUUGCAGUGGGAAAGUCUGAAAUAGAUUUUCGUUUUUCAAUCAUUCAGCCCACUACUGGUUAUCGGCACUUUCAUACAGGUAUCUCAAAACUUAAGCAGGUUACAGGCCGUUGUCACCGAGACGUCCAGCGGUCAAUUAUCGCGGUCAGCGCGGAUGCAGCACCUCCUGGUGUUGUUGUUGCUGUACGCGCACUCAUGCACUUUCGAUAUCUUGUGCAGUCGCCGUCUAUUGAUGAUAGGGAUCUUACUCGUAUCACAGCCACACUGGACGAGUUCCAUGCGAACAAGCACGCGAUCAUUGCUGCUGGUGUCCGCCAGGGCAAAGGUGGUAAAGUUAUCGACAACUGGCAUAUUCCAAAACUCGAACUUAUGCAGAGUAUCGUCCCCAGUAUCCGCAACUCCGGCGUCAUUGCACAGUGGUCUGCAGAUGUCACUGAACAUGCGCACAUCACUGAGGUCAAAGACCCUGCAAGGUCCAGCAACAACAACAAUUAUGACCCACAAAUCUGUCGUUACCUUGAUCGCGCUGAUAAAUGCAAUCGAUUUGACCUCGCCACAAGCCUGUUAGAUCACUCGGAGGACACGGGAGUUGUUGGGGAGGAAUUUGUCGAGGAGGAUGACGAAAUCGAUUAUUACACGGAUGUCAUUCCCACAGAGCUACCAUCCCCAACUCGAAGACCUGGACAGCCUCGUCCUAUCACGGAUUACUUUUCAAUCGCCAAAAUACUCCAACAGAAGGAAGUUGGAUCGGUACCUGUCCCACUUCGUUCUUUUGUCGUCGGACGCACUGCUCUUCAUCUCGCUUACGAUCCAUCCAUCAAGAACACCACUGUCGAUGAAGUUGCGAUCAUGUUCGGCCUUCCUGACUUGCGACCUGCUAUUGCUGAUUUUCUUUACUGUGAAGCGACCUACGGUAGUCACAUUCACUCGAUAGGUGGUCCUAGAAGGGCUGCGCAUGACGCCGAGCUCCCGUUUGACAAAGUUCAAGUGUGGUUUAAAAUUCGUUUGCAGGAGACUGAGUUUCACGAUCCUCAUAUCAUUCGACCCGCUCAAACGCUUAAUUGCACACCGCCUAGUGACCCUUGGACAUUAGGUCGUUAUGAUACAGUUAUCAUUCAGACCAGCUCAGGGCACUCCUGGCCUGCCAGCGGCCUUUCAGGGCACUCCAUUGCGCAAAUUAGGCUCAUCAUUCGCCCUGUUGGCAAAAGCAAGACACAAUGGGCAUGGGACGAUCAGUACUUAACUUACGUCCAACGUUUUGAUAUUUCCAGUGAACGCAAUCCGACCACUCAAUUGCACACAGUGAAAAGAGCAAAACGCUCUAAUGGUACACGGAUGGGCGACAUCAUUCCAGUCUCUCAGUUUAAAGCGCCUGUCCAUCUCAUUCCUCGUUUUGGUACUACUGCGGACACGCGUCUCACGGCGUACAAUAGCAUGGAACACGCCACGGAGUUUUGGCUGAAUUAUUUUUGGGACAAACAUACCUUUUUUGCACUAUCCGAGUAG